AUAAAUUUCCAAAUUCCUGCGAAUAAAUUCAAAAAAACUCCCGGAAGCAAGGAUUCUUAACAAAACACAACCAUGGAAGCUGUUCCGCGGUUACCAAUGCUCUCGUUUCCGCGCAAAGAAAAUACGGAAAAAUCCUCUUUCACGGGCCUAAAACAGUACAUUGGCGAAUGUUACGGCGAAAAUCCCGACUCGUACAGCAAAGAAAUCUACGAACUCGAGAUGCUCCGCAACAAGGCAGUUCGUGCGAGCGAAGAUUUAGACGGACUCGCCGUCAUGAAACGCUACAUCUGCCAAAUUCACUCCAUCGGCAAUCGUUUUCCGCUGGGCGACGAAAAUCCCGUGCUGAGUUUCAGUUGGCGCGAAAUCCAUUCGCCUACCGUAUGGCAAAGUUCCUCAUUGCGAUACGAAAUUUGCGUCAUGUUGUACAACGUCGCAGCUUUGCACAUGCAACUCGGCAGCGAAGAGUCCCGCACCUCGCCCGAAAGUAUGAAAGUCGCUUGCACGCAUUUCCAAUGCGCCGGCUGGAUUUUCGGCUACAUCCGAGAAACGUAUCCCGCAAGUAUGCGACACGAACUCACAGGCGAAUUACUGACUUUGAUGCAAAAUAUCGCCUUUGGCCAAGCGCAAGAAUGCAUUUUGGAGAAAAGUUUAGCGGAUAAUCGCAAGGCUGUGACUGUGGCGAAAGUAACGGCACAAAUUGUCAGUUAUUACAACUCGGCAAUGGCAGUUUUGCUCACGACAGUCGAUGGCGAGAGCGUUUCCGACGUCGUCGGAGGCAAAACUUUCAAAUCAUGGAAACGCUUUGUGAAAUUUAAAAUUUUAUAUCUCUCGGCAAUUUUGUAUUUAUAUCAGGGACAGUCCUCGGAAGACGCUGGAAGACAAAAAGACGACCCAAAUCAGACAAAAUGGGCGGGGGAAUGUGUCACUUUGUACAAAGCUGCUGACGAAAAAAUUAAAGAAGCUCUAAAGGAGUCGAAAGGCAUCGAAAAUAUCGAAAUCGUGACCGAAGCUUUGACUUUUACGAUCGAAGUGAUAACCGCAAAGUACGAAAAUGCGGUCAAAGACAAUGAUUUCAUCUAUCACGCCCCAAAACCCGAGCUUAAAGACCUUUCGGCGGUACAAGGAGCGAAUUUAGUGAACGGAAUAAGCUUCAGUUUCACCGAUUCCGAGCUCAUGGGCGACGAUAUUUUCCACAGACUCGUUCCAAUGAAAGCUCAUGAGUCGAGUAGCGUCUAUAGCGAGGAAAAAGCGAACAUUUUACGCAAAAUUGCUGCAAAAAUCGAACAAAAAGACGAUGAAUUGGCGUCUUUUAUGUCGUCAUUGAACGUUGAUACGAUAAAUAAUUAUCAAAUAACCGCCUUGCAAUCCGAUAAACUCCCCCAAACCCUCGUAGAUCGCUGUGCGGCGUUAAAUGCCAAACCAAACGCCAUCCCGGACUUGGUUCAGUCGAUGUCGAGUCUCGCCGAGACAUGGGUCGAGGUCGAAGGUAUGUUAAAAGAGAUCAAAAAUCAACUGGGCGAAGAAGAAAAACAGGAAGAAUUUUAUCAAAAAACGAUGGGACAUCGCGCUCCCGGAGGUCACAUGCAAGAAUUAACGCGCGAAUUUCAAAAAUAUUUGGAAGCUCACAACAAAGCGGGCGAAAGUAACGACACCUUGCGGAAAGCGAUGGGACUCCAUGUGCAAAAUUUAAAAAUUUUAUCGCAACCUUUAAGUGACAUUCGCAAAGCAGUUCCCGUACUUUCGCCUGAAACGGAUGAAGCUGCGUUACGAGAUCUCCAAGUCCUCUUUCAAAAAGUUGACGAAAUGAAGGCGCAACGAGACCAACUCCUGCAUCAACUUCGCGAAUCGAUCAACAGCGACGACAUAACCUCAAAAGUGAUCGCAUGGGGCGACAAAAAAAUCGAAAAAUUAUUCGAACAAGAAUUGGCGAAGCAUGAAAAAAUUGUCGCCCUUUUAGAGCAAAAUAUGAAUGCCCAAGGAAAUAUUUUAAAAGCCGUCACGGACACAUAUGCGCGAUGUGCGAAUGUGAUAAAAACGAUUAACGAGACAAAAAUCCGGCGGGAACAAUUUUUUAACGGAUUAGGAGCGAGUUUUGACGUUUACGAGGAUUUAUUGGGAAAAUCCGCGAAAGGACUUGAAUUUUAUAAAAAAUUACAUGGAAAUGUGCAAAAAUUGAUGUCGAGAGUGAAAGCUGCGAGAGAUGUUCAAGACGAGGAACGUCAACAAAGGAUACAGGCGAAGGUUAAACAACACAUGCCGAGUGUUCCGCAACCCGCCGUUCAACCAUCGAUGAUGCCAAGACAGGAUUUUCCCGCAAUUUCAACCACAGGAGGUCGUGCCAAGCUAAAAGAUUACCUAAACAGCGGAUUUUCGGCGAGUAAACAUCAACAAAUGAACGAAAAUCCGACCCAAGUGAAUUAUUUGCCUCAAGUUCGACCGAAUCCAUUAGGAAGCGAAUCAGUAAUUGACUCUAAAAGUGACUUAUCGAUGAAUAUUUACGCAAAUCAAGGACAAAUUGACUAUAACAAGGCUUAUCAACCUCAAAUGAAACAACAAUUUGACCAAAAUUACUCCCAAUUUCAAAAUUUUCCUCAAUAUUCGAUGCCCCCGCAGCAGUAUUCAAGCAAUAAUCAAGUAGUUGCGCCGCAAGUGCCUCAAUAUAGUGCUCCAAAUAGCGUCUCGAGUGCUCAAGGUUACGUGAAUCCGAUGUAUCAACCGCCGUAUUACGCCCAAACUGGUCAAAUGACGUAUCAGACGCCUCCGCAGCAGCAAAUUACGUCUUCAAGUGUUACGGAUCAGACUAAAAAUGUCUAUUCUGGAUAUAAUUACGGCGGAAAUAAUCAAAAUUACGUUCAACAGUUUGGGCAGAUGAACUUAAGUCAAGGUCAAACAACUCCUGUGAGUGUGGGACCGUCACAAAUUUCAUCAGGAAAUGUCCCGGGAGUGAACUUUAAUGCUGGAUACGGGCAAAAUUUACAUAAUUUCAAUCAAAAUCAACAAUUUUCGACGAAUACAACUCCUCAAGCUCCCAUUUACGGACAAAAUUAUGGAUCAACAGCUGUUACAAACACUACCAAUUCGGGUUUCAAUCAAUUUUCGGGAUAUCCAGGGGUUUCAAAUCCCUUAACGGCGUCUCAAAUAACUCAAAGUUACACAGCAGCGACGAUUUCAACAACGACAGCGGCUCAACCGGCAAUUGUUACGAGUACUCCGUCGAAUUAUUCGCUGACGUCUCAUCCAACAGACCCGAUGUACAUGGGAAUUCAAGGAGUUAUUAAAGAAACGGGAUUGAAUCCGUCGGAAAUGAAGCCUUUUGAGCCGCAAACGUCAAAUACGGGGAUUUAUCAGCAGAAUACAGCAACAGGAGGUUAUGCGAAUACGAGUUUUAGUAGUUAUGGGAAUCAGUAUUCAAGUUUAAGUACGAAUUCGAUGUCGACAGGUAUGGCAAAUACGAAUCCGGGGGGAAAUACGACGGAUAGUAAGAGUUCAGGAGUUAAUGGGCAGUCGUUUGUUAGUCAAUACGAUGCAACUCCAAUUCAACCAACACCUCCAACAAACACAGGUACAUUACCCUAUUACACAGUCCAAUAUGGCACACAUCCCGAUCAUUCAUCAUCUCCAUCAUCACAUCAAACCCCUUCAUACUAUCCCCAAACUAAUUAUGCGAAUAAUUAUAUGACUUACAUGAAUUCAACCGACAAAUCUGGAACUUUGACGUGCACAGGACAAACUCAAGGCCCUUCAAUGACGUCACAAGAACAAAAUAACCAACAACAAUGGCAAUCAACUCCUCCAACGAAUCCCAUUCCAACACAAAACCCUCAAACAGCUUCAAUUCCGCCUCAAAAUCCCGUUCCGCAAGCAACAAUUCCUCCCGUAAAAUCCGAAAAUUUUGAUCUCUUGUCGGAUAUUGACUUUUCCAUCAACACUUCAUUGGCUGCUCCGACAAUAAUUCCCACGCUCCAACCUCUUCCCGCUAAACAAGACGAUCAAUUAUCCGAAUUGAGUGUGAAAUCCGCAUCUCCUGCAAAGCAAAAUUCGGAAAAUAUCUCUUCGGGACCGAUUUCAAUGACGCCAAUCGAUCGCAAAGCGAGUGUUGACAACAUUUCCAUCUGUUCCGACGUGAGUUCGAUCGAUCCGAAUUUCGAUUGGGAAAGUGCUUCGUUGCGAAAUGAAGAAGGAGCGAUAAUUCCCGGAGGAAAAACUGCUGAUGGAGUCGUUUCGAAGUACAAAGACGCCUUUGACGAUCCAAAAAUGCUGAAAUGGUUUCACAAAGAGGUAGAAAGACUUGAAAAAUUCAUCGAAACGUCGAAUAUUAAGACGUUGAACGGAAAUACGCCUUUGGAUGGAAAAUGGAAAGAGCUCCAAGAUGCUUUGGUGAAAGACGAGUCAAAACGCGUCGUAAAUGUCGCUCGAUUGUUCCCCGAGAAAAAUCGUUCGAUCGAUUCGAUUCCUUAUGAUCAUGCAAGAGUCUCCUUGGGCACUCCAACUGACGAUUACAUCAAUGCCGGAUAUGUAAAAUUUGAUAAGGAUAAGAAUGUGGAUCUUGGAGCUGGAUUUCCAACAUUUAUUUUGGCGCAAACGCCAAUGCCGAAUACCGUGAAUGACUUUUGGAGCAUGAUUUGGACAGAAAAUUUGAAUACUGUUGUGUGUUUGCAUCCGCCUCCGGAGAUUUUGGAUGUUUAUUGGCCUCAAGAAUUAAAUCAGACAUUAACUUAUGGCGAUUAUGAUGUUACUCUGAUCAAACAAUUCGAUUUAAGUCACUGCUUUGAGCGAAGUGUAAAAGUUUCCUUACAUGGACAGGAUAAAAUUCUGUAUGUUUCGUUGUUGCAAAUUAAAGCAUGGAUUAAAAAUUCAGCAAAUCACAUUCUUGGAAUUGCGCAAAAUAUCAUCACAAGCUACAAGCAACAAAAUCAAGACAAACGUCAAUCAUCUGCUUUGGCAAUUCAUUGUUUGACGGGAUCUGAUCGCAGUGGUUUGGUAACUUUAGCAAUUGCUGCAAUUCUCGCUACAAGUACUAAAAGACCCAUUUUAAUCAAUGUCGUUGACGUUUGGUUCAGAAUUUGCUCGCAACGCAAAGGAGCAUUAAGAGACGUUUCGGUUCUGCAAGAAUCCUUACAGAUUGUUUUAAAUAAUGGACAUAGCAUUCUUAAUAAACGCGGCAUAAUGACGUCAUAUCAGAUGAAAACAGCUCAGCAACAAGAAGCGAUUGAGAAGGAACAAGCUACGGCGAACGAUCCAUUCAAAGAUUUGGAUCCAUUGUGGAAGAUGAAGAAAUAAACGCAUUUAAAUUCCUACGUUAGCAACGGAAAUGACUGAAAUUUAGCAUGAAUUGUGAAAAAAGACUCGUUUUUAUGGAAGAUCUUUGUAUUUUUUAUACGACAAGAAUGCUUUUAGCUGAUUUAAAUUAUAAAAAAAUUAAUUAUUAUAUGCAAAAAUUA